GGACAACCGCGCGCUCAGAGGAACUAGUUGUUGGAGUGGAGAGAGCGCGAGCACUUCAUUACAUCCACCAGCUGGAGGAAAUAUUCACCUGUGCGCUGCCGGGACGAAUUCACAAGGGUUUUUCCAUUAAUUUUAGCAGACUCUGUCUUUAAGGCGCAGUGAGGGGACACUUGACACUAGAAAUCUCUGUCGGACUCCCUCCCUGUCCUGUAGCCAAACAAGUUUAUUUCGCCUUGAGUGAGUGCGCUUCUACACAGAAACUAAACCGCGUCUGAAGGUUUCCAUUUGUACAUUUCUCCCGGAGAGACUGCGUGCCUGGUGUCAUAAAGGGGACCGUAAUCGACCAUGGCGAGACAUGACGCCCGAAAUUGGCAUGACUGCUCAAAAAUGAUCGGACUGCUCUGCCUGGUCGCGUCGAUACUUCUUCAACACGGAGCAUCAGGUCAGCGGGUAAAGGUGGAGCCUGAGGUGUCCUCGUAUCCCGGCCAGACGGUCAAGCUACGCUGUGAAUUCACCGAUGCCACUGGGAUUCAGCUCACAAUGGUCACGUGGAUCUACGAGCCGAAGGACGCAGAAAGGAUCAACAUUGCUGUGUUUCACCCCAACUUUGAUCCCAACUACCCUGACUCGCCUGUGAAGGGUAGAGUCAGCUUCAUGGCCAGUCCACCAACACUGAGCAGUCCUUCCAUCCAGAUAAGUGAUGUUAGGAUGACCGAUGAGGGGAAGUACAUCUGCGAGUAUGCUACCUACCCCAGUGGCAACGAGCAAGGCAUCACACAACUUGUCAUGCUGGCUAAGCCUCAGAACUCGGCCUCCGUCGUGACAGUGGAAGCGGGCACUAAGCCGGUCGCCGUGGCACGCUGUGAGUCUUUGGAUGGUCGCCCCGCUGCUCAGAUCAAUUGGGUGACCACAGCCAAUGGCAAUGCGACGACAGUGUCUAAGCCGGGUGCUGACAACACCGUGACCGUGACCAGCGAGUACCGCAUGGUUCCCACAGCGGCAGACAACGGGAAGGACAUUAGCUGCGUGGUGAAGCACAGAACCCAAGUCAAACCAGAGAGCUUCCCGAUGAAGCUAGCAGUACAGUACCCCCCUCAGGUGACAAUAGUGGGUUACGACAAUAAUUGGUAUGUGGGUCGUACAAAUGUGGUGCUAAUCUGUGAUGCUACCGCAAACCCUGUUCCGCUGACCACCCAGUGGAAGACGAUGUCAGGAGAGAAGCCAGACACAGUGCAGAUCACAGGCAAAGAGCUGAAGGUGCUGAAGGUGGACGAUGCUGUCAACACCACUUUUGUUUGUGAGGUCAAGAACCGCAUCGGGGUCGGCAGAGACCAGGUCACAGUCUUUGUAAGAGAGCCCUCAGUGAACCCAUCCAAUGCCGGCGUGGUGGCAGGAGCUGUGAUUGGCUCCCUGCUGGCCCUCCUCUUGGUUGCCGCUCUCAUCGCUGUGCUCGUCACCCGUAGCCGCAGGCAACAGCAGGGUUACCGCGCCAAUGGCGGCAGUGACAUGAAGACACGCAUAUUUGGGGGCGGCAAGAAGGCCAGCAAGAACGGCACGGGCGGAGGAACAGGUAGUGGCGGCGUCGGAGGUGGUAACAACAACGGGCCCAUCUACGUUUACAAUGAGAGCUCGUCCCAUCAGGGCCUCGCAGAGAAAAACAACCACCACCAGCCGCUCACCAUGGGGGGCCGGCCCGAAGUUGUUGCCACGACACCCACUGCCCAAGAUAUCCUGCUGAGCAAUGAAUUAGACGACGCAGAGAGGAGGAAGUUUGAUGAGCUGGAGGAGGAGGAAAGGUAUGACCAUUUCAGUGGAGGGGCCCCCAUCCUUCAGCUUCGCCCACCGCAUGACCAGGACGAUAUGAUUGGAGGUUACCUGGAUGAUGACAUGGAGUCCCAGGGGGAUGGCUCUGUCAUCUCACGGACUGCUGUUUACGUAUAGAGGAGAAGAGGAAAGGAGGAGGAGAAGAAAAAAGGAGGGAUGGAGGAUUCCUCCUGAGGAUUUUGUGGCUCCAGGGGUCUCGUCCCUUUCUGAUAGAGAAGAGAAAAUGCUACCACUUUUAUUUUUGAAAAUUGAUUUUAAACAUAGCCUAUUAUUAAUCACAGUGCAGCCCCAGAAAUGGACUGAGGAGGGACAUUCUGAAAGGAGCGUUGCUGUUAUCUGGUCCCUAAGAAGUGAAAAUCAAACAGAGAAAAGAAACAACCUGCCUCCCACUGCUUCUGCUCAUGCUAUUGCUAUCACUGGGACCUUGACAAGGACUCUUGACAGACAGACUAAAAGAGAGAAACUAUGUAGUGUGGGAGUAGGAUAAUGGAAUCAUGAUACAAGCUUGGCUAUAGAGGAGGCAACUCACUUGCAUAUUCACUCUUAUCUUCACCAAAACAGUAGAAGUGGAAGGGGUUGUCAAGCAGUUGCGUGUUGCCUGCUAUUCUCAGUCCUCCUGUGGGAAACCUUUUGUUUUGGUAAUACGUUGCGUUGUGACAGCUGGUGGGUAGUUAGUAGCUAGUGAUGGGUUGGGAGGAAGACAUUUGAUAGUACAGACAGUAGCCAUCAGGUGAUUUAGAGAAGAGAAUAGUGUGUUUGCUCAAGUCUACUGGUGAGCUUUUAUUCUGGCUGCUGAAGUCUACUGGCGGGCUUUCAUUCUGGCUCUCUCUGCCAUCCUCUCAAACUUCUCUGCAAACUUAUCAGCGACGCUUGAAUCUACAAAAUUUAAAAGAACAUUAGGUCCUCGUGUGCUGCACAAGCACAAGAGCAGCCAAAUCUAUCAAAGUAAGUUUGCAGGAGAGUUCGAGCUCAGCUCUUAACAAGGUAUUCACAUGCAAACUUUUGUACAGUGCCUGGAGGUAAGAGACGGUAAACAAGAGAUGAGGGAAUGAGGUGUAGCCGAUCUGACAGGGUCAAGGGAUGGAGAGAGGGAUGCAGGAGGCGGAAGGACUAGAGAGGAGCACGUCUCUUCUUUUCUCUUCCUCCUCAUCCGCGUCUCUUCAGAGCGCUCCUGACAGGAGGAGCUUGAUUGGUAAUGAGCCGUGAAGUCGCUCGCUUAGCCGGGACCAACAGAUUGCCACCACUUAUCGUUUAUGACGUGGCGAUUUCUCCCCCUCCCACCUCUAUCUCUCUAUCAUCCCUCAGUCUCUCUCCCUCUCUCUCUUCAUCCCCCUCUCCCAGUGUUUAUGGGGAGUUUAUGAUUUAUCCGGAGGUGUCGAGGUCAGGGCCACAGAGAGCAGAGGAGUAUUUUACUGCUCCUGAUGUGUCAAACGCCCCACUUACUCUAUUCCAGCCUGGCCUGCCCUGACAUGCCAGGACUGACUAAUACACCUGGAGUAGCCAUGUUCACUCCAUCCCAGUGCACGGACUCUACCGCCUCCUCCCACACUUCAGUAAAUGGCCGGAUGUAACCAAACCCCACCCGGAAAGUACUACGGCGUUAGGUUAGAUAGAUUUUCAAUAACAUCAUGUAAUAUUUCUUUCCAUUAGCGGAUGUUGUUAAAUGUAGUGAAUUGAUCGGGAGACAUAAAAGGUUGCGUCCACAGCGAAGCAAUGGGAGUCAUAUUGACUAACAGGCAACAAGCAGUGAAAUGGCCCUUUAUGAUGCAGCUUCAGGGCUGAUUGUCUCCUGACUGUUAAUUUAUCCUUCUAACGAGCCACCGGAGGCCCACUCAGGCAAAUGUUGCUCUGUGGCUACUGCACGCUGCUGUCUUUGAGGCUCAGUUGUGUACAUCUGCAUGCGUCACUGUAUCUAUGUAGCCACUGGAUGACUGUGAUGGACAAUCUUGGAGAGAAGCUCUACAGUAGCUCCUCUAAUCAUGCUUUUCCCUGCCUUGUAAUCUUCUCCCCUUUGACCCACUGGGAAUCUGUUGAGUGCGGCUCUCGAUGACUGUACUGCCCUCUUGCAAGGCCCGGCAAAGAUCUGGGUUGCAGUACGCUGCAGGUCAUAAGGUCAAAUGCAGGGUGACCUAUUGCCAAGAGCAAGGAAGGCUGCCUGCAAUUCCUAUCACAGUUGUUUUUUAACCUUGAGCUAUGGAGGUGAGAAACACUCAGUGCAAGUCUCUGCACAGGGUGAUGCAGUCCUAGUUUGCCAUUUUGAUGGCUGUUAACAUUCAGAGGGGCGGAGAGAGAACAGGAGGGGGACACAAGAGGCAUGUGACAAAAACAGACAGUGUUUGAGCACCGUCUAGCAUAUUGUAAGCCAGCGUGUUCAAUGGGAUUAUCAUCUAAUGGCCUUAGCUUCUACAUAAAUGCAACUCCUGUCAACCUGGGGUACAGUGAAUUUACUCAACACAGCUGAUUUGUCACAACCACUCAAAAAUUAAAAAAAAAAAAUGUAUUACUUAUUUUUGCACUUGUGUGUGUCACCGCUACAAAGAGAAAUAUGAGUGUAAUACGUGGUUUGGGGGGUCAAAAUAGCGAUAAGGGACAAAACUGUUGUAUGUACAUUUUGGUGUGAGGUAUCUGUGUACUAUAUAUGUAAGCAUCUUUAUUUUUCUUGUGAAAAUGUGGAUAUUUAUGAAAAUGUAAAUAUCAGAUUGAUGGAGCCAGUGUUGUGGAAGUAAAGAGGCGUUCUUGGUCGGCUAAGCCUAAAGUUCAAAUGUCUCAGAGGGCAUUCAGAAUGUAAUUUUUAACCUAAUGAAUACCUCAGUGGUUUGUGUGUUAAAACGCACUGAACCGACUGAGGUGAGUUUACCUAAAGCCUAAGAGUCAAUUUGUACCGGGGGAAAAAAAUUAUAGACGCUUGUAUAAUUUUUUUUUGUUCAAAUAAGCAUUGCCUGCAUUCUCACAUAAUAAGCACACAGUAUUUUUUUGCACAAUUGGCUUCUCCUUCUCCUUGACAGACACCCUGCACAAUACAAAAAUACCCACAAUACUCAUAAUUUAUCAGGUAGACCGUAACCACACAGGCAAUGGUCUGUGUUGAGUCAGCUCUGUGUGUGUGUGUGUGUGUGUGUGUGUGUGUGUGUGUAGUAGUGUGAUGAAGUGUAUUUUCGUGAUGCUCAGGGUGCUUUGGGACAUCUCUUACUGCCAUUGGGGCUGUAACCUGAGUAGCCACCCUUUGUCACCAUGGAAAACCAGCAAACUGAAGAUAUUAUUUUGCAUUUUGAAGGCACACUCACUCUCACACACACACACACACACACACACACACACAUACACAUACUGUACAUGUACAUACGCAGAAUGCAGAGAAACAUUCGCCCACACACAAACACCCCUCAGUCACUCUCAUUAUGCUCACUCCCACAGCCAAACUGUGCAGAAGACACCUCAUACCUGAAAACUCUGCCAUCUCCUGACAUAAGCCCACACAAAUACGCUUGCAUAGAUGCACACAAACAGUUCUUCUUUCUCCUCUACUUGCUCAGUGGCUCUGUCAGGACAUAUACCGCGUCCUGUUACUGUGGAAGGAGUCGCAGCAUGAUGUGUCCCCUGCUCCACCGCUUUCUAUUCCCCAAAUAGUCCAACCCAACCCCAAAUCAACGACCAUGUAGAACAAAGACAACUGCACAUUCAGGUACACACACCUUUCACCCAGUGUCGGAAACACUGGCUUUCUUGCAAACCGUUUGUCCGUUCUGCUUUUGUUCUGCAAGGGGAACACAGCUUUCAUAAAAAUGCCACUGACUGUGCUGACCUGCAUCCACCCUCCCCGUAUCCCUCCCAAUGCUUUUAGAGAGUCACAACUUCCUACACAUCUUCAAAAUGUUGUUUUCCGACUUUUUCUCACUUCAGCCACCUCCGCCACUGCGACCGCCUCCACAGACACUCGCACACACACCACUGCCACCCACCUCAGAGCCCAAGUCAGGCUUGUCAGACAAAAUGCUUUUAGAAAAAUCCGCGAUCCUGGUCCGGGUCUAGCACAAGGUUAGGCAGUCAAAAUAUCCAAUAUUUUUUCUUUCUUUUUCUCCACAUUUUUCUUCAGCUCCAAACAUCUGAUGACUAAUCAAAGCCUUAACAUCUCCCAUCUCACAAGCAUAAAAGAAGAAAAAAAAGGAGAGAAAACCUCCCUGUGUAUAAAGUAUAAAUAUAUAAAUAUGUAGCAGAGAAAAAGAUAUUACUAAUUUAUGGUGUCACGUUUGUGUAUUUCUCAGUGACAGCAAGCAUGAAGGAUUUAUUUUCUCCUAUUACAGUUUCUCCUCUUUUCUGUUAUUUUGCAGUGCUUUAUAAUUUAUGUUUUCUGAGUGCUUUAUUCUUGACUGCCGCGCUGUGAUUGCUGCCAAAACUGGCAAAUGUGCUUAUUCUAUACAAAUGAACUGUACACACAACAAAACAGUCUUACCCCCAAAAUGUGCUUUUUAUUAUUGACUGCUCUGUGUAAACGUUGCUUUUUUGUUCUUUUUUUAAUUUUUUUAAUUUCAGAUUUAUUUUGGUCUUGAAGAAAAACAUGAAUUAGAAUUGUUGUCACCAUUUUGUCGUGUCUUUCUAUAUUUUUUCGUAUUUGGUUGCUAUUAAAGACUUCUUGAUUUUUGAAA